UUUUUCAAGAAGCUGGUUGAAGGAAUGAAAGAGGGAGGCUGAGUUCACACGCUCCAACAAGUCCUCCACCACUGGAACACUUUGAAAAAAUCCUGUUUUGCACGACUACAUGUAAGCUGGCAUAUUAGUGGAGUAUUAAUUUUCAUUAGCAAUGGAAACAGCUUAGUCAGAAUAUCGUCUAUUUUGUUAUACGGGUAAAAACCGUAAUAUGUGCAUCUAAACGCAGUCACUGUUGAACAGAGCUGAGACACCAUUACAGGGUGUGAGAUCUCUGCUGGAAAACACACACGGCUGGAAUAUUAGAAGCAGUCAGGAGAAGUGACAGUAACUCAGUGAGUCUUGCUUUUGACCGGCGAUUUAGAUACGAAGACAAAUGGCUGAGAGAGCUCUCGUUGAAAGUUUCCUGAACUGCCAUGUGUGUUCAGAGACUUUCAGAGAUCCUGUGUCUCUGGGCUGCAGCCACAGCUUCUGUUCAAGCUGCCUGCACACAUUCUGGGAACAAGUUAAAAACAAAAACUGUCCCAUUUGUAAAAGAAAAUCCUCAAAAGAACAUCCUUGGGUGAACUAUUCGCUGAAGGAGCUGGCUGACUCCUUUUCUGGGAGACAGACAUCUGGACCAUCUGAGGCAGAAAAAGGAGAGAAGAAGGUGGAGGUGGUGGUGUGUAGUAAACAUCCAGAAGAGCCUCAAUUGUUCUGUAAGGAUGAAGAUAGAGUGGUGUGUCCUGUCUGUGACUUUGCCCACCAUGUCGGCCACAGGCUGGUUCCUGUAGAAGAGGCAGUCAGAGAUCUGAAGGAGCAGCUGGAAUCUGACUUAGAGUGUCUGCAGGACAAGAGGGACAAACACAGACGCGUGGAGGAAACCUAUGAUGAAGUGAUUCAACACUCCAAGAAGCAGCUGCUGUCCACAGAGAGGCAGAUCAGAGACGAGUUCAACAAGCUGCACCAGUUCCUGAAAGAGGAAGAGGAGUCCAGACUGGCAGCUCUGAGGGAGGAAGAGGGGCAGAGGGGGAAGACUGUCAGCAGAGAGAUGAAGAGGAUUCAGGAGCAGAUCUCCUCUCUGUCAGACAGCAUCUCUGCUGUGGAAGCAGACCUGCAGAAAGACAGCGUGCCGUUCCUCGGCAGUUAUAAAGUCUCUCGGAUCAGAGCCAGAGUCCAGUGCUCGCUGUCAGAUCCACAGCUGGUCCCAGGAGCGCUGACAGAUGUGGCCAAACAUCUGGGCAACCUGUCCUUCAGAGUCUGGGAGAAGAUGAGGGACAAGGUCCACUUCAGUCCCGUCAUACUGGACCCAAACACUGCAAACGGCAGUCUCUAUCUGUCUGAUGAUCUGACCAGUGUGAGAUGUAGAGACACAAUCCAGAAGCUUCCUGAUAAUCCAGAGAGAAACAGCAACUAUGUCUCUGUCCUGGGCUCUGAGGGCUUCAGCUCAGGGAAACACAGCUGGGAGCUGGAGGUGGAAGAUUAUCCUCUCUGGAUCUUGGGUUUAGCUAAAGAGUCAGCUGACAGUAAGGGAGAGCGAUUUGCUUCACCAGAAUAUGGAAUCUGGUGUUUAAGGCACGGUGAUGGAAAAUACACUAAUGGAGUUGGUAAGACUGUCACAGUGAAGAAGAGACUCCAGAGGAUCAGAGUCCAGCUGGACUAUGAGGGGGGGGAGGUGUCCUUCUACUACUCUAAAGACAUGACUCACAUCUACACUCACAGAGACACUUUCACUGAGAAACUCUUCCCAUAUCUCAGUGUCGGACCGGCUGGCGAUGCUCAAACUGCCGAUAUCAAAAUCUGUCAAAGUGAGAUUUCUGUGUGAUGUUCUUACAUGUUC